AGGUUUUUGAAUACAAACACAAUGAGGAAGGCCAAAACUGCCUAACAAGUUUAUACGUUAAUUUGAAUAGAAACUUGUUUUUAAACAUUUGCCAUAUUCUAGGCCAUAAACAUUGAAAGUAGAAUCAUAAAUGAAGUUCUAGUUUACAUGAAUCACCAAAUUGGAAUCGGAUGGUCUUAUUGAUCUACAAUAAAUAAAUUAGAGUCAAAUGAUCUUUUCAUUUUGAAGCUAAAAUUUGCUCAAUUCCCAAUGAAUUUAGUCACUCAAUGGCAAUGCUAGCAUUCACUAUUUCAACUCACGAGGAAAAGUGCCUCACUGGUGCGAUUUGAUUUAGUGAAUUAUUUGAUUAAUUCAUACAAGGAGAAAAUGUGAAAUUAUUUUAGGAUCUGCAAAUUUUUGCUUUAGUUUUUAUUCAAAGGACUAUGGAUGAAAGCUUUGACUUUUAGGGACUUUGUGGGCUUGUUGGAGCAUAAAAACUGAGUCCAUUAGUGCUAGAAAUUUCUCUGAUUGACCGUUUUAAAGAAAAUCGAGGUCAAAGUUAAAACUUGUAUCGCCUUUCGUUCAAUAAUGGGAGAAAGAUUUUUUCAUGAAACUCAUUAUUCUGCAGUUACAAUCACGAUUAUCUCAUCAUUUUGAUUUCACUAUUGGACUUCGAUAUUUCAAGAGAUAAUUGCGAUCAAUUUUAACCCAUUAACAGUCAUUCAUAUUUUACAUAUUUUUUUCAUAAUUCUAGUACGAAGCACCAAGAAUCUUAAAGAUUAUCAAAUCAUUGAUAAGAGUUCAUAAUUUGAGUGCAUAGUACUAAGACAGUUAUCAAAAUAUAUAAAUAGCCACUGUUAUUUAUUAUAUUAUAUUUCGUGUUCAUAUGCAGAUGAACCAGUUUAAUAUUAAACCGUAAAACGAGUGAACUGAUUUCAUUAAUUAAGUGAACUGACUAAUUACGAAAAUGUUGCUUCUUGAUUACUUUAGUGAACCAUCGCCUGUCAUUUACUUGUUCUUGAGUCUGUCUACUAUUUGGAUCAUCAAAUAUCUUUACCAAUCUGUGAAACGCUUAUAUUCAUUACCACCAGGACCAUUUGGAAUUCCAAUAUUUGGUUAUUACCCGUUCUUGAAACAUCACAGUUACAUACAAUUCGAUCAACUAUCCAAAAAGUAUGGACCAGUCUUCAGUCUAAAGUUGGGUCAAUUUGAUACUUUUGUUGUCUGUGAUUGGGAUAACCUUAAAGACGCCUUCGCAAAUGAUGCUUUAUUGGCUCGUCCAGUUAAAGGUUUCAUAUCAGGAAUAGAGAACACGCUUUCAGUUAUUUCAAUGUCGGGUGAAGCUUGGCGUGAACACAGACGGUUAUCAUUACAUGUUUUGCGCAAUGUUGGUUUGGGUAAACGAGAAAUGGAAACUUUGAUCUCGGAGGAAAUUCAUCAAUUUUUGUCUUCACUUGAAACUAAUGUAAUUGACUUGCCUGAACGUCUAAUGCCAAGUGUUUCUAAUAACAUUUCAGCUCUUUUAUUUGGUCACAUAUUUGAUUAUAAUGAUCCAGAAAAAGUAACAACUGAUCAAAUUGUCGCGAGACUCUGUAACAUUUUCCAAUUCACUGGAUUAACGAGCUACUUACCAUGGUUAACUAAACCUCUAAUUUUUUUGGGUAAAGCUAAUCUUAAAAUUAUACAAAAAGCUCAAAUGCAUUUAAACGAAUUCAUCUCGAAAGAGGUUUUGAAACAUAAAAAUAAAGUGGAUUCGACAGAAGUUGAAGACUAUAUUGAUGGAUACUUAAAUGUCCAGUCCAAAAGGAAAGAUGAAAUAUUCAAUGAUAAUGUAUUAAGAAGAAAUGUUAUCACUUUCUUUGUUGCUGGUUCAGAAACAGUCACUAGUACUCUAACUUGGACCAUUAUGUAUCUCGUCCAGUAUCCUCAAUAUCAAGAGAAGAUUCGAUCAGAAAUAAAAGAAGCUAUUGGAACUGAAAAGAGACCAGAUUUCUCGGAUCGUCAAAAGAUGCCUUUUACUCUAGCUUUUCUUUAUGAAGUCCAACGUAUUGAAUCCAUCGUCGCUACAAAUCUUAUACGAAGAGCUUCUCAAGACACAAAGAUUGGUUCCUUUAAUGUUCCAAAAGAUAGUCUGGUUCUGUUCAAUUUCUGGUCCGUCCAUCAUGAUCCAAAACUUUGGCCUAAUCCUGAUAAAUUUGAUCCAAAUCGAUUUCUUGCUGAUAAUGGUACCAAAGUAAUAAAGCCUCCAUAUUUAGUCCCAUUUAGUGCUGGUAAAAGAGCUUGUCCAGGUGAAGGCUUAGCUAAUGUGGAGCUAUUUUUGUACACAGUUGGUAUACUUCAACGAUUCAAAAUCAAAUCAGGCAAACCAUUAUCAUUUGAAGCAAUCAAUGGUCUCACUCGACGUCCAAAAUACAAGCCAGAUUUAAUCUUCGAAAAAAUUUCCUUUUAAUUUUAUAAACCAAAGUUAAUCAUUCAGACUCCCCUAUCAUGUUUGAAAGUACUAACAAGUACUUUUUGAAUAAAUGAAUUACUCAGCUCUAGCCUGGAUUUUCAGUUUUAUUAAAUGAUUAUCUGAAUUAUCACAACUAAUCUGAUCCGUUAGCAUGAAAAAUACAAAUGAGCCAGCAUAAUUUACAGUU